AUGGGAGGGACACGAGGAACACGAGCUGCAGCUCAAGACGUGGAUGGCCGCCCAUGGACACUCUCCUGCCACAUCAUCAGCAGGCGCUCCCCCACAGGCGAGCCGGUGGGAGCGACGUGCUUCAUGCAAGAUGUGGUAGAGAGGCGAGCAGCAGAGAAUGCAUCGGCUAUGAAGAUGGUGGCAGAGGCGGCCAGCCAGGCCAAGACCAUGCAGCUGCGCGUGCUUGUGCCACGAGCAGAGAAUGCAUCGGCAAUGAAGAUGGUGGCAGAGGCGGCGAGUCAGGCCAAAACCAUGCAGCUGGCAUGCUUGUGCCACGAGGUCAAAACUUGGGGGCUGACGUGGGCAGCAGAGAAUGCAUCGGCAAUGAAGAUGGUGGCAGAGGCGGCGAGUCAGGCCAAAACACAUGCAGCUGGCAUGCUUGUGCGCAGAGGGGUUGAGUGCGAUGGUGGCAGAGGCCGCAGCUGGCAUGCCUGUCCCCCAUGCAGCUGGCAUGCCUGUCCCCCAUGCAGCUGGCAUGCCUGUCCCCCAUGCAGCUGGCAUGCCUGUCCCCCAUGCAGCUGGCAUGCCUGUCCCCCAUGCAGCUGGCAUGCCUGUCCCCCCAUGCAGCUGGCAUGCCUGUCCCCCAUGCAGCUGGCAUGCCUGUUCCCCCAUGCAGCUGGCAUGCCUGUCUCCCAUGCAGCUGGCAUGCCUGUCCCCAUGCAGCUGGCAUGCCUGUCCCCCAUGCAGCUGGCAUGCCUGUCCCCCAUGCAGCUGGCAUGCCUUUCCCCCAUGCAGCUUGGCAUGCCUUUCCCCCAUGCAGCUGGCAUGCCUUUCCCCCAUGCAGCUGGCAUGCCUGCCCCCCAUGCAUCCUUGCCCUCCACCCCCUUUCCCUUCCUGCAUCCCCGCAUGCACACCCCAUGCAUGCCACGCCUAAUCUCGCCCCAAUGCGUCUCUCUCCCCACCCAACCCACCCUUCCCUGCCUGCAUCCCCUCCCCCCGCAUCAUCACCCCGCAUCAUCACCCCGCAUCAUCACCCGCAUCAUCACCCCAGCAAUCAUCACCCCGCAUCAAUCACCCGCAUCAUCACCCCACAUCAUCACCCCGCAUCAUCACCCUCAUCAUCACCCCGCAUCAUCACCCCGCACAUCGCAUCAUCACCCCGCAUCAUCACCCCGCAUCAUCACCUCAGCAUCAUCACCCCGCAUCAUCACCCGCAUCAUCACCCCACAUCAUCCCACCGCCAUCAUCACCCCCGCAUCAUCACCCGCAUCAUCACCCCCGCAAUCAUCACCCCGCAUCAUCACCCCGCAUCAUACCCCGCAUCAUCACCCCGCAUCAUCACCCCGCAUCAUCACCCCGCAUCAUCACCCCGCAUCAUCACCCCGCAUCAUCACCCCGCAUCAUCACCCCGCAUCAUCACCCCGCAUCAUCACCCCGCAUCAUCACCCCGCAUCAUCACCCCGCAUCAUCACCCCGCAUCAUCACCCCGCAUCAUCACCCCGCAUCAUCACCCCGCAUCAUCACCCCGCAUCAUCACCCCCAUCAUCACCCCGCAUCAUCACCCCGCAUCAUCACCCCGCAUCAUCACCCCGCAUCAUCACCCCGCAUCAUCACCCCCAUCAUCACCCCCAUCAGAUCCGCAACCCUCUGAACGGCAUCCUCUCAUCCAUCAGCUUCAUGGAGGGCACAGAGAUGUCAUCCGACCAGCGGGACCUGCUGCACGCCACCUCGGCGUGCGGCAAGUACCUGCGGAGGGUGGUGGACAAUGUGUUGGAUCUGAGCAAGCUCGAGAAGGGGAAGCUGGAGGUGGAGAGCCGGCUAGCACCGAAGUAUCUGCGGAGGGUCGUGGACAAUGUAUUGGAUCUGAGCAAGCUAGAGGAGGGCAAGCUGGAGGUGGAGAGUGAACCGUUUGAGCUCAUUCACGUGGUGGACGCCGUGAUUGCACAGGAACAUGAGAAUGCGGGCAACGACAAGGGCCUGCAGGUGUUUUGCUCGGUGAAGCCGCAGUGUGCCGAUGUGAUUGUAAAGGGCGACAAGCAGCGCGUGCAGCAGAUCGUUGCAAACUUCCUGUCCCUUUCCCGCUACCCUCCACCUUCUCCUCCUCAACUCCCCUCCCCUUCUCCCCUCCCGCUGUUCGCGCGUCCCCUGUUCUUCUCCCACCUUUCCGGCCCGUUUUACCCACGCCAGGAGCAUGAGAAUGCGGGUGACAAGGGCUUACAAGUCUUCUGCUCAGUUGAACCUCAAUGCGCCGACGUGAUUGUAAAGGGCGACAAGCACCGCGUGCAGCAGAUUGUCGCAAACUUCUUCCGUAACGCAGUGGAGUACACCCAGCAAGGCUGGAUCGAGGUGCAGCUCUAUAAAGCAUCCGGCGAAGUGGCUUCUAAGGAGUAUGGAAGAGACGCGCUGGCCGGAAGGCUCGUGCCCGGCCAGCAGACUGGGCAGCGGACCGGGCAGGGCCGAAAACCAGCUCCUCUGCCCCAGCAGGAUCAGGCCUGGGACUUAUCCAGCUCCUCUGCCCCAGCGGGAUCAGGCCUGGGGCUUAUCGUAAGUCAGAAGCUCGCCUCACUCAUGCACGGCACUCUCUCCUGCGACUCUACCCUCUCGCAAGGCUCCUCCUUCCGCCUCUCCCUCUCGCUCCCCUUCGCCGGCCGUUCCAAUCACGCCGACCCUGCUGACGCUGGCGCUGACAUGGCGGCGGGCCAUGCCAGCCUGGCGCCAGGUGGCAUGAUGAGCUGUUACUUGAGCAACCGGGUGAAAGGGGUGGUGUAUUCGUCGGUGGGGGUGUGGAGUAGUGCCGAGGAGAUAGCAGCUGCACCAGUUGUACCUCCCUCUCUCUCCAGAAGCCUCCCUGCUUCUCUGUCUACCCCAACUGGCACGGCUGCUGGUGCUGCUGCUGCAGGGAGGGUGCAGACUGGACCAGGCUUAUCUGGAGCAGGCUUAUCUGGAGGAGCACAUGUGACAGCUGGAAUGGCAGGCAUGACCCUUACUGGAGCACCCUCUCGUGGCGAGCCCCUCACUUUCUCCAUGCGCUCACUCCGCCUCGCCGUCCCCCAGGCCGCCGCCACCACCGCACCAGUGGUCGAGCUGGCAGCUGACGUGGCGGAGGCCACGUCAGCAGUGGAGGAGCUGCCGCUACAGUCAGCAGAGGACAUCAAGGCGGCGCGGAAGGAGGAGCAGCGGCGCAAGCGAUUGGUGCAGAAGAGGAAGCUGAGGAAGAAGGGCAGAUGGCCGCCCUCCAAGAUGAAGCAGCACCAGAAUGUGUAA